UGUGCUUCCACUGCUAGAUGAAAGUCUUCCAAAACCACGUCGGAUAUAGUUUUUCUUAACCGUGUAUCGCCACCCUGGUCAGUUUUGAGGUUUACGACCUGACUUUUAUUUCUGGCGCACGGAUAAAACAUUUAUUUAGAGCUGCCUGAUGGAACUUCAACAGCUCUCUGUCAAUCCACUGCUGGAUGAGGGCCUCCACAUGCCGAGUGGGUAAUGGGGCUUAUUUGACCGCGCGUCCACGCUGGUCCCUGGGGGUUCGUGAGGGCGGGAGUCUCUGUACAUAGACGUGGGGUGCAACAAGCGGGUGUUGUGCACUGCCCACUGAAGAGGGGAUAGUGGAGAAUGUGAGUUGGCGUCUUGAACUUAUUUACACCACGGGACCUGAUGAGAAUACAAAGUUUUGAAUUAUUCAGCUCGAAGACCAGUUUUUGCAUUUGCUUACUAAUAGUUGAACUAUUAGUCGCGAUUGAUUCAACAUCUUUCAAUGAAUAAAAAACCAUUACUCCCAAAUCGUACAAAUUUUCUAUUGAAAGUAAAAUUACGAGAUGCUGCUGGCACAAUGCAUUGUGGUAAGAUGUAUUCUUGUCAGCAAAAGCGACAGUGAAUUGUUUCAUCUGCAUUGACUGAACACAGGGGAAAACAAAUAUCUCUGGGCUGGUUUCGAUAAUCGGUGUCUCAUCAUCAGUCAGUGAACUAUGCUGAACUGUGGGAUGUUGAUAGACAUGAUUUGGUAUUAUUUUGUCACUGAAUGUCCUCAAACCCCUCCUUCUAAGGGUGUGGCAUGCAAUAUUUUUUAAAAUGCUGUUGAGCAAUCAAAUUAUUGUGAUUUUCCAAAUUAUUGGGGCGUGGGUUUCAAUGCUGUCCCCUUAAAUACCUGCACGCAUGCUGAAGAGUUACAGUCAUUGUAAUUUAAUAUCGUGUAGUAGUGCAAACAUGAAGUUAUUGUGCAGCCUGGCAGUCUUGCUCCUCGUCUUUCAUCCGACGCAUGCCGAUCCUUUAAACAGCAAUGAUUCCCAUGAAGAAGAGGAAGCUCUUCCCAAAAGCUGCAGCAUUUGUUUCGGAUCCCCAGGCCCACGAGGAUUUCGUGGAAAGGAUGGAUCACGAGGUGUGCCAGGCAACCCGGGCAGUGUCGGUCCUGCUGGACCACUGGGCCCAGCUGGCUCACCUGGCCCAGCUGGGAGCGCUGGACCUCCUGGACCAGCUGGUCCCCCUGGUAACAACGGCCUGAGAGGGGAACAAGGCAUCCCUGGUCUUCCUGGAUCCCCUGGGAGUCCUGGCACUCCAGCUGCAACGAAACGCAUCUCCUGCAUUAACGUCUCCAGCAGAGGUGCCACCGCGAGUUGCCCCACAGGGCACAUAGCAGUGUCGUGUUCGUGUGGAAGCGCGUGUGGUUCGUGGGACAUCCCAAACGACAGCACGUGUCACUGCCAGUGCGGUGGGAUCGACUGGACAUCGGCGCGGUGCUGCCAGCUGGCCUGACACGGAUCACCAGUAGAGAUGGGGAACAACCAUAUAGAAACCAAACUAACAUAAUCAACACGAACCAGAGAGAACACCACAGAGACAACACAAACACUGUCACGGGUAUGGAGGUGAACACAAAAUUAACCACGCGGAGCAACAGUAAACACUUAAGCGUGUGCCACCAGGGAAAGCCAAGAUAAUAAUAGCAACUAAUAAUCACAGUUAUAUAUAUUUGACCUCAUACAGUGUCAUUUAUGCAAACAGCAUCCCAAAUUAAUGUUGUAGUUUUCACUUGUGUAAAUUGAUAUCAUAUAGAAACAUGUUUACCUUCGCUUCAUGGAUGUGUUUGUUUUUACUGCAUUCAAAACAAAUGGCUUGCUCUGGAUAUAUGUUUAAUGAUCCAUCAUAGAAAAUUGGGACACGAGGUUUUGUUACUGUAUCACAUAUGGUGCUGUGGUGUUGUUGAUUUAUGUUGAGACAAAUGGUAGAUUAUUUGCAUUUAUCAACGUAGUAUUGGGUAACAUAAUAAAUGGUUGUUGUUGAGAUGAUUUGUACAAGUCUUUUUAUUUGAAAACCGUACUAUGAUAAGAAAAAAAACAUUUUUACCAUGCUUUAAACUAUAAUCUUACAUUUAAAAAAACAUCUAUAAUUAGCUGGCAUUUGGCAA